CUCUGUUUCGAUUCCAACUAUGAGAACCUUUGUCGGAUUUUACAUCCUCUGUCUCUUAAUCGGACAAGAUCUGCCUUUUCUAGCUGCAGAUGACGCCAAUGUCAUAAACGAUUCGACCCAGAAUCUCUGUUUUGCAAACCGAUUAUCCGAUUUCCUCCCUCCACCGUACAGCAAUGUCUCCGAUAACAUGCCCUGUACUCCUCUUUGGAACACAUUCGUCUUACGGUACUCAGAAAACAGAGACAAUGUGAUGACGAUUAUAGUAUCGGCUUUAUACACAACCGGGUGGGUUGGGAUCGGAUUCUCGAAAGAAGGAAGAAUGGUUGGAUCAAGCGCGAUGGUCGGGUGGAUUUCGAAAAAGGGUCACGCCAAAAUCAAACAAUACUAUCUCCAAGGAACGGAGAGAGACCAAGUUGUGCCUGAUCAAGGAGAACUGCAACUACAAAAAGUCCCUCCGGUGGUGGCUCUUCACGGAGCAAUGAUUUACUUAGCUUUUCAGGUGAAAUUCUCCGUUAGAGUUCCUCGGAGAGCCGUCAUUCUAGCCUUUAGCACCGCUUAUCCUUCCAAGCUUGGCCGUUUGACUAAGCAUGAUGAUAAAACUACAGUCAUCGUCGAUUUUUCCAAAGCAAGUGGAGCAACCUCCAUAAAGACGACAACUUCUACGGAGAAGACAAAACAUGGAGUAAUGGCGAUACUCGGAUGGGGUUUCUUACUUCCCGUAGGGGCAAUCCUCGCGAGAUAUCUUAGACAUAAAGACCCUCUUUGGUACUAUCUUCAUAUCGGUUUUCAGUUCACGGGAUUUAUCUUCGGUUUAGCCGCUGUUAUCCUCGGGAUUCAGCUUUACAAUAGGAUCCAGCCGGAUAUACCGACGCAUCGAGGCAUAGGGAUCUUUAUUUUAGUUCUUAGCAUUCUUCAGGUUUUGGCUUUCUUUGCACGACCACAGAAGGAGACAAAGAUGAGGAGAUAUUGGAAUUGGUAUCAUCAUUGGAUUGGGAGAAUCUCUCUCUUCUUUGGAGCAGUGAACAUUGUUCUUGGAAUUCGAAUGGCCGAUAAUGGAGGAGAUGGAUGGAAAAUUGGAUAUGGAUUUAUUUUGUCAGUGACAUUACUUGCUUUUGUUGUUCUUGAAAUAUUCAGGAUUCGUGGCGCUAUUGGUUCGCCAUCUUCUCACACCCCUCCCUCGUUUGAGGCACAUCCAAAUUCUACUAGUGUCUGAUUCAAGAUCUUCUGUUUUUGUCAUUCGUUUGUUUCUUGUACAUAAAGGCACUGUUUUUUU